UUUACGUUUUCUUGCUUUCUGCUGAAAAAAAACAUCCGAAACAAAGAGAAUCGUUGGAUUUGUCAACAGAUCAAAGACAAAAGGAAUUAAGACUGAAUUUAAAAAAAAAAAAAAAAGUAAUAAUUUCAAAGUCUGGAUUAAAAUCAGAACGGACGCCUCGCUUUUCUGGUUUCGUCCAAACGGAUCAGCACCACCUCCCAAAAUAAAAAAAAAUAUUUGACAGAUAAACAGAAGCUGCUACACUUUUUUUUUUGUUUUGUGACCAGUAAAAGCGCUGCUAUAGUAUGGCAAUGGUAGUGAAUUCUUGGCAAGAAGGCAUCUCCGCGGGUCCCGGCUCCCUGCUCCCAGCCCCCGCCCCGCACUGCGGCCAGGACACCGCGGGGACCCCCAUCCAAACCCCGGGCACCCCGCCUGUUUCCACGCCGGGCAAUGACUCCAAUUCCGGGGACAAGACCCCCAGUGUGGACUGCAUGGUGUGCGGAGACAAGUCGAGCGGCAAGCACUACGGGCAGUUUACCUGCGAGGGCUGCAAGAGUUUCUUCAAGCGUUCCGUGAGGCGGAACCUGAGCUACACUUGCCGGGGAAACCGAGACUGCCCCAUCGACCAGCAUCACCGCAACCAGUGCCAGUACUGCCGCUUUAAGAAGUGCCUCAAAGUGGGCAUGAGGAGAGAAGCUGUCCAGCGUGGCCGGAUGUCCAACUCCCAGACCAGCCCAGGACAGUACUUGAGCAACGGCAGUGACCCCUACAAUGGCCAGGCCUACCUGUCGGGGUUCAUCUCCCUGCUCCUUCGGGCCGAGCCGUACCCCACCUCCCGCUACGGGACCCAGUGCAUGCAGACCAACAACCUGAUGGGCAUCGAGAAUAUCUGUGAGCUAGCGGCCCGGCUGCUCUUCAGCGCUGUGGAGUGGGCGAAAAACAUCCCCUUCUUCCCAGACCUGCAACUCGCAGACCAGGUGUCUCUGUUGAGGAUGACCUGGAGCGAGCUGUUCGUUCUGAACGCCGCGCAGUGCUCCAUGCCCCUCCACGUGGCCCCCCUGCUGGCCGCGGCCGGCCUCCACGCCUCCCCCAUGCCCGCGGACCGGGUUGUGGCUUUCAUGGAUCACAUCCGGGUCUUUCAGGAGCAGGUGGAGAAGCUGAAGACACUGCAGGUGGACACGGCCGAGUAUUGCUGCCUGAAAGCCCUCGUUCUCUUCACCUCCGACGCAGUGGGCCUCUCUGACGUGGCGCACGUGGAAAGCAUCCAGGAGAAGUGCCAGUGCGCUCUGGAGGAGUACGUGCGGAACCAGUACCCGAGCCAGCCCAACAGGUUCGGACGUCUGCUUCUGAGGCUGCCCUCCCUGCGCAUCGUCUCCUCCCCCGUCAUCGAGCAGCUGUUCUUCGUGCGGCUGGUGGGGAAGACCCCCAUCGAGACCCUCCUGAGGGACAUGCUCCUCUCGGGAUCCAGCUUCAACUGGCCCUACAUCCCCAUGCAGCGGGACCGGGACCGGGCCCUGGCGCUGCAUUACAACGAGACAGGCCACUGAUACCAGGCUAGACAGUCCGAACAGAACCGGGACCACCGCUGUGGGACUGCGUAGGAAACACGUGGGCAUCGCAGACAGGACAGGGAGGAAAGCUAAGCACGGACGCUUCGUUCUUGAGUCUUUGAACCCUUUCGGUAUGGUUGCGAAUGAGAGACAGGUUCCAGCAUCGUGCAGAUUUUUUGAUUUUUUUUUUUGUUUUUAUUGAAAGGAUACCGGAUU